CCCUCUCGGAAGUGAACAGAAAUGAAGAAGGACGGUGAGAGAAGCUGCAGAUAGACGAACAUAAACACUCAAAUUGUUUUACUUUCUCUUCAUUGUUAGUGUAUUGCAAUAAUAAUCUCACCUGCUAACAUCAGCGUUUAUUAAGAGACCCAAUAAACAUGAAUAAUCAUAAUGAGAGUCAUUUAAAUCAGCUGAACAGUUCGUGUGUACAUUUUAGGGAUUCUGGAUGGUCUGAUGGUUCGUAAAUGUCUGCAACACCUGGAUACGCGAAGGAACCCACAUUUCUUUUGUUUCUUUUGUAAGUAAGAGACAGUUGUCCAUGUUAAAUGUGAAGCACGCAUAUUUGAGUCUGCUGCUCUCCUGAAGCUCACAAUGGAUCUUCUCAUCGUGAGGGAUUAAACGCUUUCGUAUGACCGAGAUGGAAGAUGAUAUGGCUGUACAUUGGGAUACGGUAGUGAAUACCACCCACUUUGAGCAGCCCGGUGUUUCCCUGCUUAGUUCAUCAGAAGGAAAUGACAGUCAUGAGACGAUUUCCUCUGGGCCAACGUGGGAAAAUGAGGCGGUUGAAGGUCAUGAUGAGUACGUUGGUGAAAUGGAAGCAGAGGAGAAUGAAGAACUAACCGAAAACAACUCCAGAACUGAAGAUCUUAAUGAUGAUCAGGAGGAACAUGAGAAUUCUGAAAAUAACGCUCGUGAAAAUGAAUUUGAGAGGGAGCUAACAAUCAACGGAGAGUCUAAAUCUCGCAACGCUGGAACCGGGAAGAAAGGAAGGUCCAAAAAAAGUGGAUCAGGGCCGGGCUUAUGUGAUCAGACCCCAUUAUGGACUUCUUCAUCCUCUGUGUCUCACAAAUCUUACCUCUCUUCCUCUGGGCCCAGCAGACACAAGCAGGUGAGACGACGAAACCACUACGUACACAAUCACGGGCGUACGCGACAGAGAAACGGACUUCAGCUCGUAAUGACGUGUCGAGAUUUUGUGGCAGAAUCCAUCAGUCCGUGGUGCGUUUCCUGCAUCCGUAUGUUUGUAGAACUCAUCAUCUCUUUAACCCACCGCUGCGGGAUUGCUGUGGAAUCGGCAGGAAUUGCACUGUACGAGUUUGGAGCACACUUGCUCUGGAAGUUCACAGAUAUUCCCGGCACAAUGCACGAUUUGAGGCAUAUCUGGGACCGGAGCUGGUGUUCGGGUGCAGCUUUAAUAAAGCGCAUUGGCAGGACUACAGGUCAGGUUCGACACUCGCUCGUCUCCAAUGUAAGGAUUCUCCGUGUUGCACUGUCUUGCGCCUCUCAAAUUAUGAGUUGUGUCUUGGCGAGGCUGACAGGAGAGCGAGGCAAGAAAUGGUGGCUUUCCAUACAGAACAGCAGGGUUUGGAGAAAAUUGUCUGAUGUGAGCAUGAGAAUUCACAGGUGGUUCUAUAAUCGAGGCAUCAUGAAUGAAAACUCAAAUCCAGAGUCUUCCAGCAGAGGAGCGGAAAGAUGUCAGCCUGGAGAAGAGCUGCAGAGACUCCUGGCACUGGCCAAGAUCCCUGAAGAGGAGUUGGACCCGUUUAAUGUUCUGGGUGUGGACAUUCACGCCACUGAAUCUGAGCUUAAGAGAGCUUAUAGACAGCUGGCUGUACAGAUUCAUCCAGACAAAAACAAGCACCCGGGUGCUGGCGAGGCUUUCAAGGUGUUAAGAGCAGCUUGGGACAUUGUCAGUAAUCCAGAAACACGCAGAGAGUAUGAACUGAAGCGGAUGGCAACUACAGAGCUUUCAAAAUCCAUGAAUGAAUUCUUGACCAAACUCCAGGAUGACCUGAAAGAAGCCAUGAACACCAUGAUGUGCACUAAAUGUGAGGGCAAACACAAGCGCUUCGAGAUGGACCGCCAACCCAGCGAAGCUCGGUUCUGUGCUGAAUGUAAUAAGUGGCACAGUGCAGAGGAGGGCGAUCUGUGGGCUGAAUCUAGUAUGCUGGGACUGCGCAUCACAUACUUUGCCUAUAUGGAUGGCAAAGUCUUUGAUAUCACUGAAUGGGCAGGUUGUCAGCGGAUAGGCAUCUCUCCUGAUACACAUCGCGUUCCCUAUCAUAUCUCAUUUGGCUCUAAAGGUAACGCCAGCAGCAGCAGCAGCACCAGCCGGCAAAGACCUCCUCCAGAUCAUGGUCCUCCAGGUGGGGGUUCACCCGCAGAUCUGCAGGAUUUCUUUAACCGCUUCUUCCAGGGCGGAGUUCCUAAUAACGUAUCUGCUAACGGAGGGUUCUUCUCUGAAGGACCUUCAUCUAAUCAUGGUCCUGGAGCUGCUGCUGGAACUGCAGGAAUGUUUUCAGGAUCUGCUCCGCAAACCGGGUUCUUUAGCUCAGGAACCCAACGGAGCGACCCCAGCGAUAACUGGACCGAAGGAGGAAAGCCUCCGCGUCGGCGCAAGAAAGUUCGGAAGCCGUUCCAGCGCUGAGCAGUUUAAUAAUCAGUGCGAGCUGUUAAGAUGGAGCGCUGCUUGUUGCCAUGAUGUUGAUUCAUCGAAAAAAAUUAAAUAAAUAAGGGACGAAUUUUAGACCUCAGAAAAAUAACAUUCCAGUGUUGGCUUUAUGAAGAUACAGACUGAAGUGAAUGCGUUGGUUUUCUUAAAGGAGUUGCAAGACAAAGAUCUUGCCGUUUGAAGUCAUUUUUCCUUUUCUAUUUUGACAAAAUUGAAAUCGCAUUCUUUCCCGAAUGAAUGUUAUGUUUUGUUUGCAUUGAGUUUGAUAAAGUGAAUCGGUUGGGUAAUAUUUAGGACAUGGCAGUAUGUUUUGUCGUGUUAGGAUAUAUUAGAAAUCACUCACAGACCUCAGGGAUCAUGUCUCCUUUCGUUCAGAGAGCAAGACAGAGAUUUACAGAGCUCAUGACGUCCUGAGGAAUCAUUCGACCACUUACUGAAGUCCAGAAAUUCAGCAGGUUCUUAUGAAAGCCUGUGGUUUGAUCUGUUGAAGUGGACAGCAGCAGGUUUAUCAUCUAUAAUAAUUGGGUUGUGUGAAAUGAUUGUGUCAACUGAAAACAGAUUGAUAACCGGACAUAAAAGAAUCACCGCUCAUGCUUUGUCUGAAUCUCUUGAAUAGUUCAGUUCAUCUUUUGGUUCAUGUAUUGAGUCACUGUAAGAGGAAAACUUCAGUGUGAAUUAGAUUAUAAGUUGUAAUGUAAAACAUUUGAGUUCAGUUGAAACACAACUGGAAGUUUUAUGACAUAUUGUAUAAUGAAGAAGCUUGAUGCAUACGUUUUAAUUGAUCAACUUGAAACUAUCCCUUUAACAGAAAGUUUACUUUAUAACACUCAGGUAUUAUCAAAACCUGAUGAAUUGUAUUUCAUUUUACUUUAAAAACGAUUGCUUUCUUUUUCAAAAGAUGAUAACUUACUGGUUCAUAUGUGUUCAGGUUCAUGAGGAAAGCGUUUGUUCAGUCUUAAAUGGCAAUGGCAAGAAUCAAAAUAAAUCCCAGCGUGUUUUUGCUCUCUAUUGAUGAUCUUUGCAGCCUGUGACUUUAUAAAAUCAUUACACAGGAUCAUAAAGCGUUACAUAAUGCUUUUUUCAGGUAAAAUUCAACAUGAUAAAAUAUUAAAUGAGUUGAAAAUAAUGAAGAACACAUAAAAUCAAUAACCCACUACACAAUUAUACAUGUUUGGGCUAUGUUGUUUUGUUGUUGUAGGUCAUUCGGUUUAGUUUAUGCUGGUAUUACUCCACUUAACACAAACAAUAUUUCAAAUGAACAAACUGAUGGAUCGCUUUCUAUCAGUUUAAUAAACAAACAUGUUUAUGUUGCAUGUAUUUCAGUUGUAAUGUAUGUGAUUGUAAUUGCAAGCGAUGCAAUAUAUUCUAUUGACUAAAGAAGAGAUUUAUUGAUAAAAUUCAAUAAUGUCACUGAAUUUAAAGGAGAUAUUGAAGUGUUAUGGUUUAUUAUCACCUGUAAAUCAUAUUGGAGUGAUCUAAUGUACACGAGAGAAAUGCUGCAGAUCACUGGAGAUUUAGACAAUCAUUUAUAAUGUCUGUAAUGUGCAGGACACUUUGUCAUAAACAGAUAUAUAUAUAUAUGUAUUAUAUAUAUCAGUGCCUCACCCCAACCGUACUAUAUUAAAGCUUAUAACAAUAUUUCUUCAAA